UUUCACUGUUUGUUUCUCUUGUUUCACCCAUGUGUAUUAGCUGCCCUAAAUAAAAACCAGUGCUGAAGUUCAGCGGACAUAUUGUCUCUACAAUAAAGGAGAAAGGGCAUUGUAAAAUUGGUCUGUGAACAGUGCUACAUUUCAGUUCACACAGGACAGCCUUCAGACACACAACUGUGAAGAGGCGCAACAAGAUGAGUGCCAAAAAAGUCCCCGUGCGAAGGGUCGUCUCAAAGGACGGACACAACAAUGUGAAGAUUGAGCAUGUCGAGGGCAUGGUGAAGCUGUACCUGCAUGACAUAUGGACGACUGUGGUGGACAUGAAGUGGCGCUACAAGCUCACUCUUUUCGCCUCGACAUUUGUGAUGACCUGGUUCAUCUUCGGCGUUCUCUUCUAUCUCAUUGGAAUGACGAAUGGAGACUUUGAUAGUGAGCUGCCUUCCAAUCACACCCCCUGUGUGAUGAAUGUAGAAACGCUUACAGGGGCUUACCUAUUUUCUCUUGAAUCUCAGACCACCAUUGGCUAUGGCUUCCGUUACAUUUCAGAGGAAUGCCCGCUUGCUAUCUUCACUCUGGUGGCCCAGCUGGUUAUUACUGGCCUGGCAGAGAUCUUUGUCACAGGGGCACUCUUAGCCAAGCUGGCACGCCCCAAGAAGAGAGCUGAGACUAUCAAGUUCAGUCAGUCAGCUGUAGUCUGCAAACACGAGGGCAAGCUCUGUCUGAUGGUUAGGGUGGCCAACAUGAGGAAAAGCCUGCUGAUCCAAUGUCAUCUGACAGGCAAGCUUCUCUUCCCCUAUGUAACACAGGAAGGGGAGAGGACCCAAGUCCAGCAAGCCAAUGUGGAGUUCCAGUUGGACUCUAGUGGGGAGUGCCCCUUCCUCAGCCUUCCUCUGACAUUUUACCAUUUCCUGGAUGAGACCAGUCCCAUGGCUGGUCUCACUGCGGAGAACCUCCAGACAAGAGACUUUGAGUUGCUGGUGACACUCAAUGCGACAAUGGAAUCGACUGCUGCCACUUGCCAGAGCCGUACGUCGUACGUGCCACAGGAGAUCAUGUGGGGUUACGAAUUUAAACCAGUGCUCUUUACCACCCCAAGGGGGCGCUAUGUGGCUGACUUUAAAUUCUUUGAUAAAAUGACACCCUGCAAUGACUCCACCCUGCUCAGCAAUCACACUGAGAAGCUUCAGCUUGAAGAGGAGUAUCGUAAAGAGUAAAUACAAUUUUAACCAAUUUUUUAAUUGAAAGUAGUCAGUACUUUUUUCAGAACAUUAAAAGGGGCAUACGUCUGAAUAAAAUCCUAUGUGCAGCACAUUGCCAGCUAGACAUAAAAUGUGGAUACUGGACCUUGAUAUCCUUGAGAUACAGAGCUGGAAUGUCACAAAGGUUGCAUAAACACUCAUUACCCCUCUGAAAUGAAUUGUGUGUUGGCCCCUGAUAUCUAUUUUUUCUGAACUUUCCUUCUAGCCAAUUCCUGUAAAUAUCUUAUCAGUUAAUAAAAAACUUGUGGCCUGCAAAGUA